AGCCCGCCAGCCACGGUCUCCGGCGCCAGCUACGGCGCUGCCGCUGUCACUAUGGCCCAUUACAAAGCCACCGACUCGAAGUGCGAGCAGUUCCGGAGGUACUUGGACAAGUCAGGAGUGCUGGACACGCUGACCACGGUACUGGUAGCCUUAUAUGAAGAACCAGAGAAACCUAAGAGUGCUUUGGAUUUUUUAAAGCAUCACUUGGGAGCUGCUACCCCAGAAAAUCCAGAAAUAGAGCUGCUUCGUCUGGAAUUGGCAGAAAUGAAAGAGAAAUAUGAAGCUAUUGUAGAAGAAAAUAAAAAACUGAAAGCAAGGCUUGCUCAGUAUGAACCAUCUCAGGAGAAGCAUGCUGAAUAG